AUGGCUCAAGAGGAUUUCAACUCAAAUCAAAACCAAAAUCUACCACCAAACACAGAACAAGAAAAUUCUACCAACACAAAUCAGAAUCAAAACAUACUUCCAGAUCCAAAUUCUAUUAAUCCAUCCCAGCCAUAUAGUCCAUAUUUUAUUGGUAACAAUGAUAGUUCUGGAGCACUGCUGGUCACUCAAAUGCUGGAUUCCAGCAACUAUCAUUCUUGGAACACCAAGUCAAUAGAUAUCAAGUCAAGCACACUUUAUGUUGAAACCGCUCACCAGUUGUGGCUGGAACUUGAGCAGCGAUUGGCACAGCAAAAUGCGCCCAAAAUUUAUGAGAUAAAGCAAAGCAUUGUGGAUUUACAGCAGAACUGGGAUUCUGUAAGUAUGUAUUUUUCAAAACUCAAGACUCUCCUUGAUGAAUUAUUAAAUUAUGAAUGCAUCCCAAACUGUACUUGUGGGGGGGGCCUGAAGACUGUGGUGAACAAUCAAGACAAGGAUUGGGUGAUGAAAUUUCUCAUGAGACUUAAUGACUCAUACAAGAGUCUUAAGGCCCAAGUCCUUCUGAUGAAGCCCUUUCCCAGCCUCAAUGAAGUAUAUUCAAUUGUUCAACGAGAAGAAAAGAGAAGAGAAAUCUCUGUGGAUAUUCCUGUCAAUGAUACUAUGGCCCUCAUGGCAAAGGCUACUACCAGAGAUGCAGGAAAAUAG